AAUGGCUACUUGUCACUGUGUCCCGUCCAGUUGAAGCGGAUAAACCCCUCGUAAUUGUCACCGAUAAACAAUAAAAAUGAAUGUUGUGACAGCAAUAAAGCUUUACAUCACCCGGAUGACAGAAGAAAGUGGUCCGGGUAUGAAAGUUCUCCUGAUGGACAAGCAGACGACCAGCAUCGUGAGUUUGGUUUACAGUCACUCGGAGAUACUGAUGAAGGAGGUGUACCUGUUCGAAAAAAUUGACGCUGUGGUACGAAGUGAGGCUCUAAGACACCUCAAGUGCAUUGUAUUUAUCAGGCCAACCAAAGAAAAUGUUGCAUUACUCUGCAACGAAUUGAGAAAUCCGAAAUAUGGGACGUAUUACAUAUAUUUCAGUAACAUCAUCGCUAAAGCUGAUAUCAAACUUCUGGCUGACAGUGAUGAGCAGGAAGUUGUUAGGGAAGUUCACGAGUAUUAUGCGGACUAUCUAGCGAUAAAUCCUCAUUUAUUUUCACUUGGAAUUCAUGCAUGUUCUGAAGGUUUAACAUGGAAUCCAGAACACCUCCACAGAAGCUGCGAGGGAAUAAUAUCCGUGUUAUUGUCCCUGAAAAAAUGCCCUUACAUUCGUUACCAGAGUAGUUCGAAAAUGGCUAAGAGAUUAUCAGAGAAAAUUCGUGAAGUGCUGACGAAGGAGUCGAAUUCCUUCAAGUUCAGACAAGAGACUGAUCCCAUUCUGUUGAUUCUCGAUAGGAGAGAUGAUCCCGUGACGCCUUUACUGAAUCAGUGGACAUAUCAGUCGAUGGUCCACGAGUUGCUGACGAUAAAUAACAAUCGAGUUGAUUUGUCACACGUUAAGGGGAUCUCCAAAGAAUUGAGGGAAGUGGUUUUGAGCGCUGAACAUGAUGAGUUCUACGCUGAGAAUUUGUACUUGAAUUUUGGGGAAAUUGGCCAGACGAUUAAGGAAUUGAUGGAAGAAUUCCAGAGGAAAGCGAAGAAACAUCAGAAGGUGGAGAGUAUUGCUGACAUGAAGAACUUCGUUGAGGCCUAUCCGUUGUUCAAAAAAAUGUCGGGAACUGUUUCGAAACAUGUGACAGUUGUCGGUGAAUUAUCGAAUCUGGUCGGUCAGCACAAUUUGUUGGAAGUCUCUGAAACUGAGCAAGAGCUUUGCUGUCAGAACGAGCACUCCAAUCAGCUUCAGAAGAUAAAAAAAUUACUUAACAAUUCUAAAGUACGAGACAUCGAUGCCACUAGAUUAGUGAUGUUAUACGCUCUUCAUUACGAGAAACACACGAACAAUGAAAUUGGAACUCUAGUCGAGAUGUUGAAGAAACGAGAUGUUCCAGAGAGAUACACAAGACUUGUAUAUAACAUUUUGGAGUACAGUGGUAUCAAUAUGAGACAGUCGAAUCUAUUCGAUCGCGAGGCGGUGGCAAAAAUAACAAAGAAAUUGUUCAAAGGAUUGAGUGGUGUUGAUAAUGUCUACACACAGCACAAUCCCCUUUUGACUGAGAUCCUCGAGGAUCUGAUCAAGGGAAAAUUAAAUACUCAGACUUAUCCUUACCUUGGAAAUAUGGUCAUGACAAAAAGAACUCAAGAUGUGAUUGUCUUCGUCGUUGGUGGGGCAACUUACGAGGAGAGUCUGGCUGUUUACAACCUGAACAAGCAAAAUCCUGGAGUCAAGGUUAUCCUGGGUGGAACGACACUCCACAAUUUUGAGAGCUUCUCCGGAGAAAUUGUCUCAGCUACUGACGGUGUAGCAUCGAAAUACAAAUCAAGGAACCACUGAUCCAUGAGGAGACCUGUUUUUCUAAAAAUAUUUAUUCAGCAUUCCCCUAAAAUUAAAUACCAAUAUUCACGCGGGGUCUCUCAUCGAUCGAUUAGUUCCAUUUAUAUUCAUAUGUUACUAAUUACCAGUGUAUAGUAAUGAUGAAUUGUUCGUGAAUAAAAUAGCUU